UGAGCCAACCCCUUUUGAUGAUUUCAUUGAUUUUGAUGUUUUAUUUUCAAAUCAUGUUCAUAGUUCUACAAUGAACCAGGCUAUUCGAGAUGAGGUUGUUUCUGACACUGAGACUAUUCCUGCUGGUGAAGUUGUUCCUGAGGUUACUCCAAAUAUUGAGGUUAUUCAAGAUGUUAGAAUUGAUACUGAUAAUGUUAGAGCUAUUCCAAUGACUCAUCGUGCUUAUUCUUCCCUAGUGCCAGAAUAUAGAGAUACAAGUAGUGCUUCUGACACUCAAAUAGCACAUACUGAACAAAGUGGUAAAAAAGUUGACUUCUAUGGUUUUCAAGUUUCACUGGAAUAUGUGACAUACUUAGAACAGAUUUCAACAUAGAGGGAGAGUUUUGGAGUACCUCAUUUGUAAAGAACGUAGACGUCAUUUGCUUAAUGAUUGACGUAUUGGGUAGAGCUUUAGUCAUUUCUCAUGCUCCAUUGAUAAGUACUUCACCAGAGGAAUUGCAACAAAUGUUACAAGAUUUCGAUGAUGUUUGUAACUUUGGAUUCAAGCUUGAAUGCCUCAAUGAUUGUAGAUCAAAA